GACCGUAUUGAAUCUUUCAUCUCGUCGUGCGGUAGAGAAGACGAGCCACCAGUCGGAUGUGAGCUCGUAGGAAAAACAGUUCUAUCUGGCGCUUGUUGGCUCUCCGCUAGCCAGGCUCUUAGUGACCCGAAUACUACUUAACCGCUGGUCGAAGCUCUUCUUAAACAUCGUGACACGGUCGUUUGAUUACAGUCUCGCUCACUCCACCAGCGUAGAAAUGACGAGAGUGCUCUGGAUUCUCUGGAUUCUUACAGUCGCAGAUUCUUCCGAAAACAUGAAAAGGUCUCCAAGUUCAACAAUUUUCAGCCUACCAUAUUUGAGUUUUUCGAAGAAUUUUACCAUUACCGCUGGAGAGACUGCUGCUCUGGACUGUCCACUUGAAAAUGUUCAAAGAAACGAAAUUUCUUGGGAAAAAGGUGGCCGUCGCCUUCCCGACAACCAACGUCAAAGGAUUUAUCCCAACGGCAGUUUGAUUAUUUCCAAUGUGAACCGCAACAAUGACGAAGGUCACUUUGAAUGUUUUGGUUCAACGCCAGGUGGCCAGGUGUCAAGGAUGAUGAUAAUGUUAAGUGUAAGAGUUCCCCCGAAGAUCAACCCUUUCAGCUUUAACAGUGAUCUGUACGAGGGAUCGCGAGCGGCAGUCACUUGUGUUGUAGUCGCUGGAGAUCGUCCGAUAUUCAUUAAAUGGCUAAAGGAUGGCCGACAGCUGACCGAUGGUGACCAUGGAUCGUCCAUAUUUGUAGCUGCCGAGGAUUACGUAUCAACAUUAACCCUAGACAACCUGUCCCGACGUUUCAAUGGAAAUUACACGUGUAAAGCCUCAACGCCACCUUACUGGACAAUACCGCCUGUUGACUCCAGAGCUAUACUGGGUAGGUCUGUCAUGCUACAUUGCCAGGCUGAAGGAUACCCCACGCCCCACAUACGUUGGAAAGUGGCAAAAGGCAUGCCACCUGGAGCCUACAACACCAUAAUUAGCAGAUCGCGGGUUUAUAUUUUAGUUAAUGGUAGCUUGACCAUUACCACUGUCCAUAAAGAAGAUGAAGGUUUGUACCUAUGUGAGGCCAGUAACGGUUUAGGUCAACCAAUCAGUUCAGCAAUAACCUUAACCGUCCACAGUCCCCCAAAUUUCCUGUCCAAAUUCUCGUCCCUGACCCUGAAGAAAGGAGAGAGAGCAACGAUUCAAUGUAACAGUGUUGGAGAAAACCCUAUAUUUAUACAAUGGCUUAAGAAUGAAAAGAAGUUUAAUCCAUCAGACCAAAGGAGCUACAUAUACAGAGAAGACCCCACACCAGAAGGAAAAUUAGCAGAAAUCACUAUUCCUUCGACUACGAGAGAUGAUAGCGCCAUCUAUACAUGUAUAGCACGAAAUGAAUAUGGAGAAGACAGUAUGAACGUUCAAGUUACCAUUCAAGAUGUUCCUGAUAUACCACACAACAUUCGAGUUGAAAAGAUAACAAGUCGUGAUGUAGAUCUGUCGUGGUCAUCCCCAUACAACGGCAGUUCUGACAUCACAGAAUACAAUGUCCAAUGGCGAGAGGCUCAUGGUAACUGGAACCAAGUAACAAUACGAGGGACAAAAACAGCUACAACGAUUGGAAAUCUAAGGCCUCAGACACUUUACGGAUUUAGGGUUAGAGCAGAAAAUGCUCUUGGAGCUGGCAGUUAUAGCAGUGAGAUUCAAGAAAAGACUGCAACAGAACCUCCUCAAACUGCGCCUUCUGGUGUCAGAGUUGUUGCCGUAACAUCCAGAUCGAUAAUGGUGUCAUGGUUGCUGUUAAAAGAGUCGAAUACAGGUGUUGAUAUACAAGGUUACUACGUUGGCAUCAAACCACGAGGGUCAUCAGAAUCGUUCACCUACCGAACCGUGAUGCUCAGGGAUAAAGACGUAGCAACGCAGGAAAUAUCGGGCUUAGAAAGAGAUACCGAGUAUAUUAUUGUCGUCCAGGCUUUCAACAGCAAGGGUUCUGGUCCUCCAUCUGACGAAAUUUACGUGAGGACUCCCCAGUUUGCACCAAUUGCUCCGGACAAACUGUUAUUUCUUACCACCAACUCCACCUACAUCGUUCUGCACUUAAACGCUUGGAGGAACGGAGGCUGUCCAAUCAACUUUUUCGUCAUCCAGUAUAAACAACGUGAGCAGGUGGAGUGGACAUUGGUCUCUAACAACAUUCUGCCUGAUCAGCAGGACAUAAUGGUCACGGAUCUAAAUCCUGGCAUGUGGUAUGCCUUAUUGGCGUCUGCUCACAAUGAUGCGGGAAUCACUGAUGCCGAGUUUGUGUUUGCAACAUUAACACCAAGUGGAGAGUUUCCGACAAGUCCUUCUGAAAUGAUGUCAGGAAACUUCCUUUACCGCCAUCUGACAGUCACAGUUCCAGUUGCUAGUUCCGUGCUUGUCCUAAUAGUCGUAUUUGUAGUUGUGUGCCAGGUGACCCGACGGAGGUCCCCUGGCCCACGCACCCACUCUCCAGAAGGUACAGAAAACAGUGAGCAAGUGAAGCCAGAUAAUAUGUCACUCACAGUUACUUACGAUAGCCAAGAACCAGCCUAUCUUCCUGCGCCUUAUGCUACUACUAAGGUUCCAAUGUACUCUCGAGAUCAGGUUGCAUCACCCAGGGGAGGUUCUGAUCCCGGAAUGCGCACAUUUAGCAGUAGUCGCCAUCUAUAUGAUGUACCAAAUCCAAACAGAAGAAUGGAAUCGAAACCUAUUACCAACGGCAUUUUGAUCAACGAAUACCAGAAGAUGGCUCUCCUUCAGGAAGGUCAAAACCUAAACAGAAGAAGUCGGAAUCAGGGAGAUAAUGGGAAAAGGGACCGAAAGCGGAAUUUUGAGUAUGGGAGUUCUGGUAGCGAGUCCGAGGAAGAGAUUCGAAUCACUACCAACAGGGGACAUUUUAAAGAAAUCGACCAUGACAUAAUUCAUGGAUCAGAAACGGAAUGCGAUCGACAAUGGAAGAGUGUCCGACGAUCACGAAACCAUCUUGAAGAUGUCCACGUUUCUUAAACAGAUGAAUCUGCAUGAACGUUUGUGAAAGGCCUAACGUUGCUGACCUUGACAACAUUGCAGUUAUAUCUAUACACGUAUAUAUUAAUGAAAGAAAUUUUGAUUGUAUUUAAAUGUUCUUUGAAAUGACGUAAAAAUGAGCGGAGUAAAUGUAUUACAUUGAGACUGA